CCGUACGCUCAGUUGUCUCGUUGCUCUCUAUCGAAACUAGUAACUUACGAUAUGCGAUAUCUGUUGAGUAUUGUUCUUCUGGCUGGGAUCGCCCAAGCUAGGCUGAACGUCUCAUCCGCGAAGCAAAGUGUUGACUUUAGCAUCGAUGAAGUGGCGCUGUUGAACCGGCACUUUCUGGAUUACCUGGUGGCGUACGACGAUUCUCAAGUGGUGCCCGAUCAAGAUCGACGCUGCAUUGCUAGUUUGAAGCAGCUUUCGGCUGCAUACGAGCGCCGGGAACGGCACGGAUUAGACUGGUUUGAUUCGUGGGGUAAGAUCCCUUCAGGGCUGUAUUACGCCAACGGGAAUGCGUUUGGAAACUACGAGCAGUGUCGACGGUUCAGCUGGAACGAUGUCCGAGGACAGCAUUGUGCAUUUGUGGCCCUGUUGCCGAAUCCGGAGUUGGCGAUGUUUCAGUCUGGACUGUGCGUACCGCAGUUUUGUACGGAGGGCUUUGUCGGUCAGGUGUACGGUGGAUAUUUGGAAACUAAGGGUGCUUCUGUGGUUCCGAUGUUCGGCGAAGGUCAGAUGUGCAACAAGGAUCGAGACGUGGUCUUUAGUGGUGGAGUGGUUACAGCUAUAGUGAUCUUUUCGAUCAUAGCCGGACUUGCGCUGGCAAGUACGUUGUACGAGGUAGUGCAGAUCAUCAGGAAUCAAACCGUAAUCCCGCUGUACAGUUCGUUUUCACUAUACAAAAACGUGCGGGGAAUCUUCCACACAACUCCAAGAAUUACAGAUCCAGAAAAGCAGUUGAGUGUGAUUGAGUGUGUAAACGGCGUUCGAGCUUUAUCCAUGAUUUGGAUCAUCAUAGUACACAUCCACGAGAGCAUCAUCCACGUUCCUAUUGAUAAUGCUCCGGGUAGAAUGGAUUACAUGGGAACGUUCGGAUCGUCGGUCCUCUUUACCUCAGGGUACCUGGCCGUGGACACCUUCCUGGCACUCAGUGGUAUGCUGGUUGCGUUCAACAUCCUGAACGAACUCGACAAAAAUGGCAAGAUCAAUCCACUGAAGAUGUACCUGCACCGGUACAUCCGAAUCACUGGACCGUAUGCUGCGUUGAUCCUGUUUGGAGUAUCGUUCGCAAAGUACAUGGGAGAAGGACUGCUGUGGAAUCCGAUUAUGGAGCACCAUGAAGCGAGCUGUUCCAAGUACUGGUGGUCAGCGCUGCUCUAUAUCCAAAACUACGUGAAUCCCACAAACAUGUGCUUCGGCUGGACCUGGUACCUUUCGGUCGACAUGCAGCUGUAUAUCAUAGGACCAGCGCUGAUUUAUCCGUUGUGGCGCUGGGGAGAGCGCGUCCUCUUUGCCAUUGGUGGCCUGGCAGUGCUGUCGAUGCUGUGCGUUCUGACGACCUUCCUGGUUAACGAGUUCCGGUUCAACUUUAAUACCCCGAACGCUGGAGAUCGUGCGGUGCUCACGUACUACCCUACCCACGCUCGAAUGUCCGUCUGGUUGUUGGGAGCGAUCUUCGGGUACGUUCUGCACGUCAAAAAGACCAAAGGCAUCAACCUGCCGGAUCGGCUGUACGCAUUCGGAUGGGCGACCUGCUUCGCGAUCCUUGGAGUGAUCUUGUACGCGAACUUCGAGCUGAUUCGUACUCCGUACGAGGAAUUUUCUCACGUGAUUGACGCGUUCUACGAAGCUUUCGGAAGGUCGUUCUUCGCAGUUUGCGUCCUCUGGGUGAUCUUCGCCUGUGUCAACGGGAAAGCUGGAGUGAUCAACGACUUUUUGAGUAGCAGCCUGUGGCAACCUCUGUCGAAGCUGUCGUACACGGCGUAUCUGCUGCAUGUGCUGCUGCUUAUGAUGGCGUCGGUAAUAUCCGUGAAGACGGAUCUUCACUUCAGCGUGAUCGACCUGUUUUAUCGGAUCUGGGGAGCGUUUGGCCUCUCGUUGAGUAUUUCAGUGCUGUGGAGUGCACUGUUUGAGAUUCCGUUUGUGACAUUAGAUAAGAUAUUGCUGCGAUAAAUAUAGCUUCUUCAUACUUUCAUGUCCUCUUCGAAAC